AUGAUGCUCAAGAUGCUGCCGUUUAAGCUGCUGCUGGUGGCCGUGGUUCUGUGCUUCUUCGAGGGGGAUGCCAAGUUUGGGGAGAGCGGCGCCCGGAGGAGAAGGUGCCUCAACGGGACCCCGCCGCGGCGGCUGAAGAAGCGGGACCGGCGGGUGCUGUCCCCGGAGGCCCCGGGCGGCGGGGAGGCGAUGUGCCGCGGCCUCUACCCCCGCCUGUCCUGCUGCUCCCGCUCCGAGGCGCAGGGUCUGCCGCACGCCGAAGCCAAGGUCCUUUCUGUUACCAACAACACAGAAUGUGCGAAGCUACUGGAGGAAAUCAAGUGUGCACACUGCUCACCUCACGCUCAGAACUUAUUCCACUCACCUGAGAAAGGGGAAACUCCUGAAAAAGAACUAAUGCUUCCCUACCUGUGCAAAGACUAUUGUAAAGAGUUCUAUUACACCUGCAGAGGUCACAUACCAGGUUUCCUCCAAACUACAGCUGAUGAGUUUUGCUAUUACUAUGCAAGAAAAGAUGGUGGUGUGUGCUUUCCAGAUUUUCCAAGAAAACAAGUGCGAGGGCCAGCUUCUAACUCCCUGGACCACAUGGAAGAAUAUGACAAAGAGGAAGAGAUCAGCAGAAAGCACAAGCACAACUGCUUCUGUAUUCAGGAGGUUGUGAGUGGACUAAGGCAGCCUGUUGGAGCAGUACAUUGUGGGGAUGGAUCCCAUCGCCUCUUCAUUCUUGAGAAAGAAGGAUACGUGAAGAUCUUCACUCCCGAAGGAGACAUACUCAAGGAACCUUUUUUGGAUAUACACAAGCUUGUUCAAAGUGGAAUAAAGGGAGGAGAUGAAAGAGGACUGUUAAGCCUUGCAUUCCACCCCAAUUACAAGAAAAAUGGAAAGCUGUAUGUGUCUUAUACCACCAACCAAGAACGGUGGGCUAUUGGACCUCAUGACCACAUCCUUAGGGUCGUAGAGUACACAGUAUCCAGGAAAAAUCCACACCAAGUUGACAUGAGGACAGCAAGAGUGUUUUUAGAAGUAGCAGAACUCCAUCGAAAACAUCUAGGAGGACAGCUGCUGUUUGGCCCAGAUGGCUUCCUAUACAUUUUUCUUGGAGAUGGCAUGAUCACUCUAGAUGACAUGGAGGAGAUGGAUGGUUUAAGUGAUUUUACAGGUUCUGUAUUGCGCCUCGAUGUCAAUACUGACCUGUGCAAUGUCCCUUACUCCAUCCCACGGAGCAACCCACACUUCAACAGCACCAACCAACCUCCUGAGAUUUUUGCACAUGGACUCCACAAUCCAGGCCGGUGUGCUGUGGACCGGCACCCAACAGAUGUAAACGUCAAUUUAACUAUACUUUGUUCAGAUUCAAAUGGAAAGAACAGAUCUUCAGCAAGGAUCUUACAAAUAAUAAAGGGCAAAGACUAUGAGAGUGAGCCCUCCCUUCUAGAAUUCAAACCCUUCAGCAGUGGCUCCCUGGUUGGUGGAUUUGUGUAUCGGGGCUGCCAGUCGGAGAGGCUCUAUGGAAGCUACGUGUUUGGAGACCGCAAUGGAAAUUUUUUAACGCUGCAACAGAGUCCUGCAACCAAACAGUGGCAAGAGAAACCCCUCUGUCUUGGCAACACUGGCUCAUGUAGAGGUUUCUUUUCAGGCCCUGUCUUGGGAUUUGGAGAAGAUGAAUUAGGUGAGAUUUACAUAUUAUCAAGCAGUAAAAGUAUGACACAGCCUCAUAGUGGAAAACUCUACAAGAUUGUUGACCCAAAAAGGCCUUUAGUCCCUGAAGAAUGCAAAAGAACAGCUCAGCCUGCACAGAUACUGACAUCUGAAUGCUCAAGGCACUGUAGGAACGGGCACUGCACUCCCACAGGAAAAUGCUGCUGUAAUCAAGGCUGGGAAGGAGAGUUCUGCAGAACUGCAAAAUGUGACCCAGCCUGUCGACAUGGAGGUGUCUGUGUGAGGCCCAAUAAAUGCUUGUGUAAAAAAGGCUAUCUCGGCCCCCAGUGUGAACAAGUGGACAGAAACAUCCGAAGAGUGACAAGGGCAGGUAUUCUGGAUCAGAUCCUAGACAUGACAUCCUAUUUGCUGGAUCUAACCAGCUACAUUGUAUAGUUUCUGGGACUAUUUGGAAACUCCACUUUCAGCGGGCAUUUGUUUUGAAUCCUGUCGUUUUUGAAAGACUGUUAUCCUGCAACAAACACCGGUGAUUUGAUUUCCUUUAUUAAUUUAAGUGUAAUAUCCACCAAUGUGCAGAAAAAUCCCCUGUAUGUGUGUAAAUAUUCCUGCACGUCUCCACAGGCGUCCUGAUAUCCAAUAUGUGCACGCAUACACA